UGUCAUCCAUCGAUAUGGUGCACAAUGUGUUUAUCGUAUUUGUUUACUGUUUAAAUGGUGGAUGAAACAAUUCAGCGUGGUAAGGAGGAAAUAACAAAUUGUCAUUUAAGUGAUUACACGUCACUGUCAGACAUGGAUCCAGGUUCUCUACGUGCUGAGAUUGAAGAACUGAAGAAACAACUCCAUCAGAAAGAGAAACAGUUAAAUUUACUUGAGCAGAAUGUGCAACUGGAAGAGAUGGUGAAGAAUUUUGAGAGGACAAAACUGAGUAAUGAAGAAAUUUCAAGGUUUAGCAGACAAAUAAUAGUUCCUGGCAUUGGAGUUAAAGGUCAGCUUGCACUGAAAACAUCAUCUGUUCUUAUUGUUGGAGCUGGUGGAUUAGGAUGUCCUUCUGCUUUGUACCUUGCAGGAGCUGGUGUUGGACAUAUUGGUAUAAUAGAUUAUGAUGAAGUUGAACUGAAUAAUUUACAUCGACAGUUACUCCAUUCCGAAGCAAGCUUGGGAACACCAAAGGUUGAAUCUGCUGUGGAAGCCUUGAAAAGGCUAAAUAGUGGGGUACAAGUAACUCCCUACCACAUACAGCUGGACAGUCAGAAUGCUCUGGACAUAGUAAAAAAGUAUGAUAUAGUUGUGGAUGCCACAGAUAAUGUUGCUACACGAUAUCUUCUUAAUGAUGCAUGUGUCAAAGCAGGAAGACCACUUGUGUCAGGCAGUGCUUUACAGUUUGAAGGGCAGCUUACUGUUUAUAACUAUGAAGAUGGGCCUUGUUAUCGCUGCUUAUUUCCUGUGCCACCACCACCAGGAACUGUUACAAAUUGUGGAGACGGUGGAGUCUUAGGAGCAGUUCCUGGGGCUAUUGGUGUGUUACAGGCACUAGAAGCAAUUAAGAUAAUACUGAAGAUACCAGGUGUUCUCUCACAAAGAUUGUUAUUAUUUGAUGGAUCAUCUGGAAUAUUCAGAAAUGUUCGCUUAAGGAAAAAGAAUCCAGAUUGUGAUGUUUGUGGAGAAAAACCAAAAAUUACAACUCUUAUUGAUUAUGAACAAUUUUGUGGAUCAAGAGCCAAUGACAAGGAUCAUAAGCUUCAGUUACUAGAUGCUAGGGACAGGAUCACACCUUUGGAAUACAGAAGAUUUCUUAAUGAAGAGAAACCACAUAUUUUAGUAGAUGUAAGACCUCCAAUGGAGUAUGAGAUAUGCCACUUAGACAACGCAAUAAAUAUUCCACUUGAUACAUUAAACAAUGAAACUGUUCUGUGUGACAUAAAGCAACUUAUUGAUGCAAAAAGAAAUAAAAGUUCUUCUCUCCCAGUUAUUGUAGUCUGUCGCCGUGGGAAUGCUUCACAGAAAGGUGUUAUUAAACUGAAAGAACACCUAACAGAAGAGGCAGUGACAAUACGGGACAUUAUAGGAGGCCUGCAUGGUUGGGCAAAUGAUGUGGACAAGUUGUUUCCUGUUUACUGAUGUCAUGCAUGCACUUGUUGUUAUACGAAAAUAAAUGGUGGAAGCCUUUUAUUCAAACAA